AUGCAGUACCUGCUGGCACUCGGCGGUGUGGUGGUCGUGGCCGGCUGCAUGCGCAUCAGUUUGGUUUCGUCGAUCUUGGCAGCGCUCGGGUUCCGUGGAAGGCCACAGGUUGUGGGCAUUGAUUUGGGAACGACCUUUUCCGUCGUUGCGUUGAAAGCAACCGACGGGACCAUCUCCAUCAUCCCAGACCAUGUUACGGGCAAGCAGCUUCUACCGUCGGUCGUGACCUUUAUGGCCGAUGGGAAGAUUAUUGUAGGUGACGGAGCAGUCGAGAAUCGAGGCCGGUACCCCCAGCACACGAUCUUCAACGCCAAGCGAUUCAUCGGGCGAAGGCUUGGGGAGGUCUCCUUAGAAGCUGGCACCCACGCCUACCACGUCUCUGCGAACUUCACCAAAGACUCCCGAAGUCCCUCUGCCACCGAUCUCAGUGGUCCGGCAGGCUUUGCCGUCGCCUUUGCGGACGGCACCGAGAGGUGGAUCUCUCCGGUAGAGGUUGGUGCGGAAGUUGUCAGGCACAUGCGGCGUUCAGUUUCUCGUCAUCUUGGCUUCGAAAUAUCGCGAGUCGUGAUCUGUGUUCCUGCCAAGUUUGGCGUUGCUGAAACCAAGGCAACGCAAGAAUCCUUCGAGCGGGCUGGGAUGAAGGUCAUGCGCAUCCUCGAGGAGCCAACAGCAGCAGCGGUGGCGUACAACCUACACCAAGGUGAGGGCGUGAGGCAUGUGCUGGUCUAUGAUAUUGGCGGCGGCACGUUGGACACCUCCUUGCUUUACAUGAACGGGAAUGCGGUGAGCGUUCUCAGCGUUGCUGGAGAUGACCACCUUGGCGGCUCGGACUUUGACACCCAGAUGCGGCGGCUGCUGGAGUCGAAGCUGGAGCGCGGCGAAGCGCGGACGUCGGCCGCUGGGGUCGGAAAGGAAAGCUGUGACAGCUCGGGGCUCCACAUCUUGGCGGAAGCCGUCAAGAUCAGGCUGAGCAACAACAGUCAGGCUGAAGCGAUCUGUCACAGUGAUGGAAUCGACCGAGUGCUGGUCGUGACCCGCGCGGAGUUUGAAGAAAGCGCCGCGGAGCUUUUCGGACGCGCCAUGGCGCCCGUUCAGAAGGUUUUAGACGACCAGAUGAUGACCGCUGACUAUAUUGACGAUGUCGUGCUCGUUGGCGGCGCGUCUCGAAUGCCAAAGCUGCGCGAGCUGCUGCAGGAGUUCUUCGGGCCGACAAAGCGGCUACACACAGAAAUUGACCCAGACAUCACUGUUGCUUGGGGUGCAGCAAGCGUGCUUGACUGA